AUGCUCGGUGUGUGUCUCCUAGUGCGUGUCUCCUAGUGCGUGUCUUCAAACACACCGGAUUUAUUCCCUUUGGUGAUAUGAAAUGCUUCGUGUUUAUUUAUUUUAGUCAGUUUAUGUCACGUUUAAUGCAGUAGAGCAUUUAUUACUAGUCUUCUAUAUUCAUUAAUUUAGCUGUGUAGACUAGCAACUUAUCUUAACAAAGUUAAAUAAACUAAUGUAAGUAUUGCACUAAGAGACUGUGUGUGUGUGUUGUGUGUGUGUGAGAGAGAGAAAGACGAAAAAUGUUUCUUUAAAGCAUAACUCCACCCUGAAAAACAUUAACUAUGUUUCUAUAGAAAUAUUUCUGAUGUGUGUAGUGAUUAGUUUGUUGUUAAUUCGUUUGUGUAUUUUCAUUAUUCCUGUGAGAAAAGCUAGCAGAUGUCCCGCGGUGACGUCACGGGGUAGCAUUAUUAUCGCCAGUCUAGUUACAAUAGAAAAAGAAGAAAAAAUUCAGUUCUCUCAUCUCAAACGUAAGGGAUAACGGUCACAUAGUGGCUGAAAAAACCCCCAGUAAGAACGAGAGUUUUCCAGCGGCGCCUAACGUUAUAUUCGUGAGAAACGGGACUUUGAAGUAGUGGAGACGUUUGUGUGAACGCUUGACUGGAAGUCUCGAAUGGAACGCGACUGUAUGCGAUGGCGGUGUCAGUACGAACGUCGACGCUUUGGAAGACGGGUGUAAAAGCUGUGAUGAGGAGAUGAGCAGCAAUAUUAAAAAGAGAGCCCCUGCGACAGCGACACAGAGAUUAAGACAGGAUUACCUGCGAAUAAAGAAAGAUCCUGUCCCAUACAUAUGUGCAGAACCGCUCCCUUCGAACAUACUGGAAUGGCGCUAUGUUGUCUGGGGUCCUGAGAAAACGCCCUAUGAAGGCGGUUAUUAUCACGGGAAGCUCGUAUUCCCUAGAGAGUUCCCGUUCAAACCACCGAGCAUAUACAUGAUCACACCCAACGGCAGGUUUAAAUGCAACACAAGAUUGUGUCUCUCCAUCACGGAUUUUCACCCGGACACGUGGAACCCGGCGUGGUCGGUGUCCACCAUCCUCACUGGCCUCCUGAGCUUCAUGUUGGAGAAAGGUCCCACUCUGGGCAGCAUAGAAACGUCCGAUUCUACCAAGAGACAGCUCGCCUCACAGAGCCUCGCUUUUAACAUUAAGGACGAAGUGUUCUGCGAGCUGUUCCCGGAUGUCGUCGAAGAGAUCAAGCAGAAGCAACAACUGCAAGAAAAGCUGAGUUCCCGCUCUCAGGCCCUGCCUCUGCCCGACGUCGUGCCCAACGCCGGGGCCCAGAACGGACGCCCGGCCCAGAACGGACACGCGCCUGCUGGGAUGGCCCCACCCCCUGACCUCCGGCAGGUCAACCGCAACCACGGACGCCUAGGAGGAGCGGUCGCGAACCUGUUCGUCAUCGUCGGCUUUGCCGCGUUCGCCUACACGGUCAAGUAUGUGCUGCGGAGCAUCGCCCAGGAAUAAACACGGAGAGGACCUGCUCUUAUACCAAAACGAACAAGGACUUGUCCUCUUUCUUUUGUCCAACUCGAAACCAAACAGAGCUAGCGGUGAGUUAGUUAGUGUCCCAGAAACGACGACGCGACGCCCUUAUUACAGCUAUAGAAACAGUCGAGGUGUGGAGGAUAUUUAUAGGUACGACUUCGGUCUGUAUUCGGCCCCGCGUUAUAUCAGGAAUUCUUUUCAGAUUCAUGUCCACAUAGCACUUUCCAGAACUUUUGUGUGAAAUCGUCUUGCUGUUUGUCAUUGUCCUGUGCCUUUUUCUUUUUAAUUAUCCUCCUGUUUCUAUUUCACUGAGACACGAUAGCUCAACAUUUUCUGAAGAAAUACUUCAAAAUAAGGAUGAAAAAAAAAAAAUAAGGAUUUUCAUUUUUUUUCUUCUUUGGUUUAUUUUCUGUUAACAAGCAGAUUAUUUUGUACGUUUGUCAAACCAGGUACAGCAGCACCAUCACCGCUGGUCAUACAAAAAUAAAUAAUACACAGAACGGUAUGAAGUAGAGGCUGAUUCAGAUAGUUUAAUGUGAAAUAUGAACUUGUGCGCACAUAUGAUGGUGCUGCUAUAUAACCGUACAACAUAUACUUCAGGUAGGAACAAAACUUGCGUUAUAUUCAGAGCAGCCUAGGAUAGUUUGCCAUCUAAGCCUUGCAUUCAAGCAACAAACUGGGGUGUCUUUUUUCUGAAAAGGAGAAUAAAAAAAAGAUUCGUUAUAUUUGAGGUAUAAGCUGCCGAUGCCUGUUGACUCCUUCCUUACAUCUGCAACGAGAUCGGUGUCCAGUAAGUGAUUCAAAGUUUGUUCCUGAUCAUCACUUACGUUCUAGUAGCUACAAACAAAAAGCUCCUUUCCUCACUAGCUUCUCUUUUUUUUUCCCCCCUUUGUCUCUUCAAGUCAGCUACCGAGAAACCGGAAAAAAGAGCAAAGCCCUCUUUCCUGAAGACUCGUACAAAGCGAUGAUACCGUAUCGGCGAUUAUACAUGUGAAGUGUCCACAGUACAAGUCCCUGUGUAGGUUACUAUAGAAACAAUACCAUAUUAGAGCUUAUUCAUAUCAUUAAUAUACAUUUUUUGGCAGAUUUACAGCUGCACUAUUGUCAGAGCUUCUGUUAUAGAAAAUGAAGCGACGCCGGUUCUGAUAAGCCAGAUUUGAGAAUGUGUCCUCAUUGUUAUACCAGAAAAAGCAAAUCCUGUACUGGAUCCAAGGACAAAUCAGUUGUGUGUCUAUAAAUAUGCUAACAACAACAAUCCAUUUCUGUGUAUGUAAAGGAAGAACGGGAAAUGGUGAAAUCUCAUGUCUUACAGACACCGGUAUAGUAUAAUAUGAUAUAAAUCACUGAUUAAUACGACUAAUAAUUUCCCCUGUACCAAACUGAACCCUUUAUGAUAGGACCGAAAUGGACUUCAGAAACACUUUAUCAAUUACAAACCUGCAAGAAGGCUUUAGAACAGCAGCUGUUAAUUAAAGAUGAAGCGAAUGAUGUUCAUAGUGUUACGAAUUGUUCAGGAAACACACCCCCAGGUUGUACCGUGUUACGGUACGCAAUUCUGUUUGACCCGGUCGUCUGUGUAACUCAUGACGGCUUUCUGGUUUCGUCGCUAAGUUUUUGUUUACAAGAACCAACCAACACUAUAGUUUGUUCUAUUGUUUGUCUUUUGGGGAAAUUACCCCCCCCCCCCCCCCCCCCACACACACACACACACACUAUAACGCACAAAGAAACUUUUAAUUUGGGCUUUUAUGGUGUAACUUGUGCAAUAUUGUUCAACUGAUUUUUAAAUAAAGUUUGAUUUUGAUGUUUA